AUGGCCAGUCGCCAAGUCACCGUCGCCGGGGUCGCCGGGGUCGCGGUUGUCGUUGUUGUCAUGAGUCAACGAGGUGCCGGUCCCGGCGAAAACACAGCAGACACAAUCGGCAAACCCGCAGAGGCCGGUUUCAAGGCGCCAGUCGCUCUCUCAAAAUCCCAGGGACACGGACACAUGGCGCCUUCAGCCGGAUUCACUCCCACCGCCACAUAA